AUUAAGACCACACAUCCCGUUGCAACAGUUAGUGGCAAUAUAUUUUUAUUUUAGUCGAAAAAGGUUAUGCAGGAUGGAUGAGGUCUGCGAAUGAGUGCCAUUUCUAUGAACUCAAACAUGCAACAUUUGAUCGCAUUGUCCAUUAAGCAGCCAGUCACUCCAUUUGUAGCUGUCGUCGGUUGAUUGCAUCCUUUUUUAUAAUUCCCAUUCCAGCAUUAUUCAUUGUUGCUGGAGUUGUUUGCUGCCCCUCCCUUUCCCUUUCUCUUCUCCUUCAUUCAUCUCCCUUUCUAUCUUCAACUUACUCCUUCAACUUACUUCUCUCACCUGCUGACUCCAUCAUCUUUUUCGUGUUUACAUCUCCGUCAUCACAUUACCAUCAACUUUUAUUUUAUUUUUUUUUUGGCAUAAGGAUCAUAGAUUGGCAGGACAGACCCCGCACAGAUCCAUUAUUAUCAUGGAUGCACAUGCCCCCAUCGCACACUACCAAACAGCUCUACCAGCUGCACACCCAGUGCCCUAUCCAAGCGGACGAGCUACACUCGGUAUAGGAUCUUUGGUACCCAUCUCCAUGGAUUCACUUGGCCCAAGCGCACAGGCUAACAAUAGUGUCAGCCAUAUGACAUCAAGCGAAUCAACAGUUCUUUCUGGAUACAGCUCAGCAUCCUAUCACUCAUUACCAACGACUCAGCAACAUCAGCAACUUCAAACCCAACUAUCCUUCCAGCAACAGCAUUAUGUGCCAAUUCAAAUGACUAUUCCACAAAGCCAGCCACAGUCACUCCAGCAGCAUACACUUCAGCUUCAAUCUUUACAACCACUACACUCCAUAAUGACCCCACAACAUAAUCUCUCUCACUCACAUUCAUACAAGCAAUCACAGCUUCCAUCCAGUAGUCAACCAUCAUUAGUGCAGACUGCACAGCAACAGAAAGCUCAACAAAUACUUCAUUUGCAACAACAACAACAACAACAGAUACAACAACAGCAUCUCCAGCAACAAAUUCAGCAACAGCGUCAGAUCCCAAACCUUCCUGUAGUCACGUCCCUUCCCACACACCAUUCCCAUGCUCAGAUUCAAUCCUACUCUCAUCACGUAGUUGCAAAGUCACAGAGUCAACAACGGCAACAGCACUAUCAACACCCACAUCAUCACCAGCAACAGCAGCACCGAGAGCAUGCACGGGACCAUAGAAGUAAUCGCUCUAAUUCUUCAGCCUUGGACCAUGUAGUCCACCUGCAAACCAGUGUCCUACAAUUAGCAGAGUUUGCAUCUGUGAUGGUGUAUACCCUCUGGCAUACUCGACCGAAUAUCAAUGGCGCUUCCAGUAAUGCCUACAAUGUUGUUCCACAUCGAAUGGCCAUACCACCAUCGGCUGGACCUGCAUUCAAGAAAUUCUGCUUGAAGGUAUUAUCAGCCACACAGCUGUCAUCGUCAGUUAUCCUACUCUCAUUAAAGUAUAUCCAAAAACUCUUGAAGAACAACCCGUCAAUUCAUGGACAGCAGGGAUCUGAAUUUCGCCUCUUUACAGUUUCGUUAAUGCUUGCAAACAAAUUUCUGGAUGACAAUACAUUCACCAAUAAAACAUGGUCUGAAGUGACAGGAAUCAACAUCAAGGAGAUCAACGUCAUGGAGAUGGAGUUUCUGAACCAGGUUCAAUUUAGUUUAUUUGUGAGUGAAGCUGAAUAUCUAGACUGGCUACACAGCCUCGAAACAUGGCUAAAGCAACAAGGGCAAGGCAGCCAGAUCGCGGUAUCAAACUAGUACACC